GUUUUUUUCUUUUUGAGUAGGGAUCUUACGUCGAACGAGUAGCGUUCAUUUCUUUUCUAGUUCGUUUUGUAAAUUGUACUGCUUUGUUUAGUUAUUAAUAUUAUUAUUAUUAUUUUUUUUUGUUUUCCUCUCUUAUAAUUAAAUAAUUAUACCUUGCGCAAUGGGCGAUUGUCCGCAAUUCCAAUUAAUGCCGCAAAUGGUACCCAUCUAUCGCCCGCAACCUCCGUCCGCAGCUUUUUCUAUGCCCGGUCAACCAAUUUUUCCGAUGCCCGCUCAUUUUGGAUAUCCUUCUAUCGCUUGGCCUCCAAUCCACCAUUAUCCACCGACACCCCAACCAGCGUACCACACCGAAGAGGAAGACGAGUACAACAACAACGGUCAACCAAUUUACAAUAAUGCUAAUGCGGCUGUUGACGAUUCGCAUCAGGAACCUCAGCAGACACCUCAGCGUCCACACCGCCAAACGUAUACUCGCAGUGUGUCUAAUAAGUUUGAUACAAGACAUGAAGAAUUCAGAAAAUAUUUGGAAGAAGUGGGCAUAUUAUCAACAUUCACAAAUAUUUUAGCUGAAAUGUAUCAAGACCCUUUACGGCCCAGUGAUCCCUUAGGAUAUAUUAGAGAUAAGCUAUGUUCUUCAAGAUCAGAAGCUAUAGAACUUGCCAAUCUUCGCCAUUGGUGUGAACAAUAUCAAAAUAAAACUAUGCGUCUAGAGAAAGAGUUGAAAGAUGUAAUUAAGCGGUUGAGAAAAUAUGAGUCUUAUAACUCGGAUGAUUCACUGUUUAGUGAAAAUUUGUCUGAUAAUAACUGCACUACUUGUGUACUGGACGCAGCAAAACAAGGUCAUAUAUUAAGUAAAAGUGAAGACAGUUCUGUACAUGAACAGGUCAAACAAAAUAAUUAAUGACCAUCAGGUUUUCUGACGUUUUACAACAAUGUUCACAAUUGAUUACAUUUCAAAUAAUAAUAGUUUUGUAAUUUUAUUCUUGUUAAGGAUUUAGGUUUUCAUUUUUUCUUUCUAAAAAUGGACUACUUAUUACUUUUUAUUGAUGUCGUAUAAAUUUAUAGUUUUGUGUUGGUUAUAAAUAAAUCAUUAGAUAUUAUGUUCUCGAUUAGGAGAAUAGUUUGUUCAUUAAAUUAAAAUUUGGGAAAUGUUAGUUAAAUAUAUUUGUUGGACAUAUUUUCUCAUGUAUAAUAUAAUGUUAAGAAAAUCCAUUUUUGGGUGUCCACUGUUUUUUUCGCUUAUUUGACCAUUUUUUUUAUUAUCUUUAUUGACUUAUUUUAUUUUGGUUUUUUGUGUAGAUUAUCUUUUUGGAAAUAUGUUUGGUCCUUAUUUAAAAUGAUUUAUUGUUUUAAGCACUAUAAUAUAUGUAUUCAUAUUAUGCUUAAAAUUGUAUUAUUAGUAUGAACCAUCAUUGUUAGUUGAUACUGAUGGAAUAUUUUUUUCAUUUUUAUUUAUAUUCAUUUAUUUACAUUUUUGUUUAAACUGACUUAAAUUUU